GGGCGAUGAAGUCACGGAUUGCCAGAAACAACGUCACCUCCUGUGCGCUGAGUGGGAAAAUGUCUCUACCUACGCAUCAUAUCCGGCUCGAAUGGCAGCAGGAGUCUGAUGUCGAUUUCUGCGCAGCACUGCUGGGAGACUUCGGGUGCUGUUGUUGCAGCCGCCUAGGGUCAUCAUGUCAAAACGGAAAGUCACAUUCGAAGAUCAAGGUGAUGAUGAUGAAGAGGAGAUGAGUCUCCCAAAGAAGAAGUUGGUGGAACCUGCCAUUGGAGGGCCAGGCAGCCGCUUUAAAGGCAAGCAUUCAUUGGACAGCGAUGAGGAAGAUGAAGAAGAUGAAGGGCAGGGUAGUAAAUAUGACAUCCUUGCAUCAGAUGAUGUGGAGGGGCAGGAAUCUGCCACUAUUGACUAUGAAGAUGGUAUCCGGAUCACCCCUUUCAAUUUACAGGAGGAGAUGGAAGAAGGUCAUUUUGAUUCAGAAGGCAACUAUUUCUUGAAAAAAGAGGCAGUGAUUCGGGACAAUUGGUUGGACAACAUAGAUUGGGUCAAGAUAAAGGAACAGCCUCCCGGACAGAAGAAAUCAUUCAAUUCUGCAGAUAACAAGGAAGAAGAUGAAGAUGAUGAUGAUGAUGACGACGAUGAUGAUGAUCUUGAGGUAGGCCGGACACCUCUGGAGAAGAAAGAACUUCUGGAAAGGAUGGUAGACUUAAUGUUACCUGGUGAGACGGUGGCUAGAGCCAUUCAAAGGUUUGGAGACAAGGGUGGCCCCAAAAGUAGUGGACGUCAGCGGAGGCCCUGGGCCCGCCUCAAAGUAGAUGAAGUUGAUCCAGCCGAGGAAGAGGAUCCCCAGAAGCCUGGGUCACCUGAGCGGAAAGAGCAGCUGGAACAGCUGUCAGGGCUGGCUGACCAAAUGGUAGCACGGGGGGUCUAUGAGAUCUACCAGGAAACCCGGGAGAAGCUGGCCGUGAGACUCCGGGCUUUGCAGCAACCACCUGCAGCACCUUCCUCUGCUGAACCAGAACUCGAUAUGUUUGCUGAGGAGAUCGAUGAAGCCAAACUGGGGGAGAAGACAUCAGCAGGAAGUCAGGUGCGUGGGGAGAGUGAUGAUAACACACUCUCUGAGGUGAUGUGGGAAUAUAAGUGGGAGAACACAAACACAUCUGAACUUUAUGGACCCUUCAGCAGCUCUCAGAUGCAGGACUGGGUAUCCCAAGGCUAUUUCCCUGAUGGGGUUUACUGCCGGAAGGCGGAUAAUUCCGAGGGCCCAUUCUACAAUUCCAAGCGGAUUGAUUUUGAUCUCUACACAUGAUCGGAAUCCACCUCCUGUUCUGCCGAGCACGAGGGAUAGAGUUCAACCCAGCGACAGACUGAAAGAACUUGCCAGACUUUGGGGAUGGGGGGAGGGUGAGGGCAAGGGGACAAUAUGUGUGUGCGUGUGUGGGUGCACUUGCUGAGGGGAAGAGGGGUUUGAUUCACCAUUUAAAUUUGAGGGUGUUUGGGAUUUUGUGAAAAAAAUAAAAUAACUUUAAAUUGG